AUGGCGGGUAGGUUGUUGCUGUGCAAACGUUCUCAACACCUGCCCGAGACAUUGCAACUGUAUAAUGACGUGAUAUCCAAAAACGUGAACGAGCUAUAUCAACGAUUGAUGUCAGGCUAUCGGUUAGACGUGAAUUUGCCUGAAUCGUCCACGAUAGACUUGCAGGUUCUCAAGGACGUGUACAUUCGUCUAGUCAACCAGUAUCCAGGAGAUUGUGGUUGUUUCAGUCUAUUCUUUCUGAAUCUUGUUCGGCUUGAACCUGGGCAAUCUGUUUUCCUUGAGGCGAACCUUCCUCAUGCUUAUAUUUCCGGUGACUGCGUUGAAUGUAUGGCCUGUUCGGAUAAUGUUGUUCGUGCGGGUCUGACUCCCAAAUUUAAGGAUGUGGACUGUCUACUGUCCAUGUUGCAGUACGAGCCACGUACCCAAAACAAAGUUAUAUUUUCACCUAAGCGGCGCUUGAUAUACGCUCCCCAUUCGGAAGUCACUGGUGGUCAAAGUGAAUUACCAACAAUCUUGACCUAUGCCCCUCCAGUAGAAGAAUUUGCUGUCGACCGCAUAUGGGUAAGUGGUGGUCGUUUAAACCUUACUUGA